AUGCCUCAAGAACCCUACAAACCCUGCGCUUGCGCCAACGCCAACAUUUCACUGCCCAUCUACGGCAUCACAUCUCUCUCCCCUCUUCCCGCCGAGAUCCGAAACCUUGUCCACAGCUUUUUGAUAGCGGCUCCCUGUAAGGCGCACGCUCUCAUCUUCACCCGCCUCUCGAGAGAUCAUUAUACCACUAUCAUACAUCGCUUGUACCUGCAAAUUGUGGCAACGGACCAGGCGGUCGACGCGGGCCUAUACAAGAGUUUCUCAAAUGUGGACAAUCAAUCCCAUCAAUCAGAUGAGCAUCGGACUCUUCCCAGCAAGAAGGAACUGCUCGACGGCUGCGAGUCGCUUGUGUUCACCUCAUUAUACGCUUGGACACAGACCACAGGCAUGCUCAAGAGGCGAUUUAUUCCCAUGCACCAUGAAGACAUGUUUCGCAGUCUCAAUCAUGUCGCCUUCGCACCUGGCUUUGUUGAAGAAAUCUGUCGACGAGAGGCUCCUCCCUUUAAUCGUUGCAUCACACCCACGGCUCUCUGGUACAUCUCGGAUGCCUGUAUACAGCUUCCCGAAUCUUUUUCCGAAGACUUGGCCAUGAAUCUGGGGAAGGUGUCCAGCUACUUGCUGGAAUUUGGAAUCGGGAUAUGUGGCACUACUGAGACGGUUCUCCACUUCCACAACUGCCAGCCAACAAAGCUGGCAAUGGCCAAUGAAAGAGUCACAUCCUUUGUAUAUGAUGUGAUGUCUAUCGAUAUACCGCCUACGAGGAUCGAGAACGCUGUGAAUAUAGCGGCACGACAAAUAGACGAGAUAGUGGAAUACUGUGUAAAGUCUGUUACUGAUUGGGACGAGAUGAAUACCCAAUUCAGUAUCUACGGUCCUUCCGUACCGUUUGGCAAGGAAAUUGUCUUCACCAACUUUGGCACCGUUAUAACCCCAGCUGGUCUUGUCUUCGUCAUCUCACCUAGCAUCGCCCAGUCGGUUAUCGAAAGAGUCGAGAGUGAGGUUAGACGGAGGGUACGAUUGUUUUUGGAGAGCGAAUUGCCGGCAGGUUGUGGGCUGGAGGCUCAUUUCCAUGUACGAGGCUACGACGAGUGCAGGUUUUGUCCUCUGAGGAGGUCUUCUUCUGGAUGA